AUGGUUCUCUUGACCAUGACAGCGGCCAUCGUCGAGGCUUUAGGACAAGUCGAGCUGCCUGUCGAAGCAGAGGAUGGGCUUCCUUCACUCCAGGACCCCGCGGUCGGGAAACCGAUUUCACACGGGCAGAUCAUAGAUUUGGCAAGGGCGCUCUGGAGUGAAGGAAUGAAGGACCGUAGGCUGGAGACGCUGCUCUUGGGAUGUUGGGUGUACAUCCCCCCGUCGCCGCCCAAACCGGAGCCGUCGGCCGAAUACAAGGCUUUGAUGGCCCGACUCCGCCACGAAGAAGAAGAACGAGCCUACGAGCGGAUGAUCAACCCCCCUCCUCCGGCCGAGACUGCGGCCCAGCGCAGAGCCCAGGCUUUCGCCGCGGUGAAUAAAGCACACAAGUCAGACCUGGGCGACGAUGAAGUCACAUACAACGAUGUACAUCGCCAGCUCAUGCUGAUUCUCAACUUCAUGCUGAGCAUCCUCGGCACAGCAGCAACACUAUGGGUGGUGGCCAGAUGGUGGAGCACGCCUUCCAGGCUAUUCCUGACACUGGGUGGAAGCCUGCUAGUCGGUAUCGCAGAAGUGGCAGUGUACUCGGGAUACGUAUGGCACCUAUCAGAAGCCAAGAAGAAAGACACAAAGUUCAAGGAGGUCAAGGAAGUGGUUCAGACCUGGGUCGUCGACAACGACAACGUCAAAGAGAAGAACGUGACUUCCAUCGAGGUCCUGCUCAAGGACGGAAACGAAGAUACAAAUGCUACGUUGAGGAGGAGGAAAAAGGAAAGCCUCUAA